AUGCCGUGGAGGAAGAAAUGGAUUAAUCCAGCAGAGUAUGAGGGCAGAGAAGAGGAACUUGGGAGGAUACUUUCCAAAAGGGCGUAUGAGGUUUGGGUGUCGGAAGUUAUGUUGCAACAGACUCGGGUGUCGACGGUGAUACCGUACUUCAAUAACUGGAUCGCGAAGUGGCCAACGGUACAAGACCUUGCUGCCGCGAACCAUGAUGACGUACUCUCCGUCUGGAAAGGUCUUGGUUACUACUCUCGUGCAACACGUCUGCAUGAAGGCGCUAAGAAGAUGAUGUCCGCAUCCGAAGAUGCGGGCACCAUUCCCAGUGGUGCUGCAGAGCUGCAAGAAUUUCCCGGCAUUGGGAGAUACACCGCAGGAGCAGUAUCCAGCAUCGCAUUCGGUGAAGCUGAGCCUGUCCUUGACGGAAACGUGGCGCGAGUACUAAGCCGGCAGCUUGGCUUAUACGUGGAUGUCAAAGACAAGAAAGCCACGGAUAUUCUCUGGGAUAUGGCCGAUCAGUUGAUCAAAUAUGCUUCCGAUUUCCCGAAAACAAAGACAAGUGCCACACCGGGGCUAUGGAACCAAGCGCUGAUGGAGCUGGGAUCCACCGUCUGUACGCCGCGACCACGAUGCAAUGAUUGUCCCAUACAGGCUACGUGCAGGGCCUAUAGUGAGGGCAAGGCGUUAUCUGACAAGCGCCAGUCACCGACCGUCGUCCCAGACAUCGAAGACGCAUGCUCAAUAUGUGCGCCACUGGAUCCCGAGGAUUUGGCAACGGUUACCGAAGAGGUGGCAGAGGAUGAAGCACCACGAGUGACUAAGAAGAGAAAGGCAGCGACGAAGCAAACCAACACACUCUCAAACUACUUUGCCAUCAGCACACCAAAACCAGCUGCUAAGACAGAGGACGAUGCAAUGGACAUUGAUACCCCGCCAGCCGAAGAAUCGAAAAAGCGGAAAACACCCCCGUCUACAGCCGGCUCCAAGUCAAUACCAAUGCAAUUCCCGCAAAAUACGCUCACAGCAUCACAGAUGACGCCCCAGCAGCGCAAAACAUCAGCCGCGCAAUACGUCUCCAGCCUGGGCGCUAGUGCGGCUGCUGUUGAUAUGAGCAAAGCGCGUUAUGUGGCCCAUUUCCCGCCAUUGGUUCACGUCUUCACCCAUUUGAAGCUUACCAUGCAUGCCUAUCAGUUCCGGGUCGAGGCCGAUGCCGCCGAGGCCGUGGACCUUGAAUGCGGCGAUGAGCCGUGUACCCGCAAAUGGGUCGAUGCGGCGGCCAUGGGCGAUGAGACGUUAUCAACGGGGAUGCGCAAGUGCUGGGAACUUCUUUCUUAA